AUGAUUGUAGCAAGAACAAUGAUCAAUAACAAGUCGUCAGCCAAUAUCCUCUUCAAGUCUUCAUUGGAAAGGAUGGGCUUGGGAACGAAGGAUUUGGAAACCUGUGAACGUCUCAUCUAUAGAUUCACAGAAAGUGGUAUGGCACCAGCUGGGCUCAUUAAGUUACCAUUGAAAGUGAGAAUAGCCCCCAAGAGUGUCACUAUCAUGGCAUUAUUCGUGGUAUUGGAUAUAGUAUCACCCUACAAUGCCUUAAUUGGCCGCCCAGCCCUAUAUGACCUGAAAGCGGUCACUUCCAUCUUUCACCUCCUCGUCCAAUUUCCUACCAAAGGUGGAAUUGGCUGCCUGAAGGGCAAUCAAAUGGUGGCACGAGAGUGUUAUAACCUAUCCAUUACAACCAGGGAGAAAGUAGCCAAAUCCCUCAAAGCUACAACAAAAUUGGAGGAAGUACCAUUAGACCCCAAACAACCUUCCAGAUUAGUCAAGAUCGGAAAAGAGCUUUCAAAGGACAUAAGAUCGGCAUUGAUCCAAUUCUUAAGGGAAAACCAAGAUGUCUUCGCCUGGUCACACAAAGACAUGGAAGGAAUAAGCCCCACCGUGAUAAGUCACACUUUAAACAUCGACGUCGAAAACUUCAAGCCAGUUCAACAAAAAAGAAGGUUACUCGACAAAGAGAGAGCCAAGGCACUAAAGGAAAAGGUAGAAAAACUCUGGAACAAUAACUUCAUCAAAGAGGCCUACUACCCAGUCUGGGUCUUGAACCCCAUACUAGUUCCAAAGUCGAAUGGCACAUGGAGGAUAAGCAUGCACCCACCUGAUCAAGAACAUACAAGCUUUCGAACAGACGUUGGCUUAUAUUUCUACAAAGUAAUGACAUUUGGCUUGAAAAAUGCUGGAGCCACCUAUCAAAGGUUGGUCAACCGAAUGUUUAAAGAACAAAUAGGAAGAAACAUGGAGGUAUACGUCGAUGACAUGCUAGUCAAGUCUAAGAAGGCCUAA